UGUGCUGUGCCCCCCAGGACGGGCUCUACGAGUGCAUCCUGUGUGCCUGCUGCAGCACCAGCUGUCCCAGCUACUGGUGGAACGGGGACAAGUACCUGGGCCCUGCUGUCCUCAUGCAGGCCUAUCGCUGGAUGAUCGACUCCAGGGACGACUACACAGAGGAGCGCCUGGCACAGCUACAGGACCCCUUCUCCCUCUACCGCUGUCACACCAUCAUGAACUGCACCAGGACCUGUCCCAAGGGUUUGAACCCUGGCAAGGCCAUCGCUGAGAUCAAGAAGAUGAUGGCAACCUACAAGCAGAAGGCGACGGCUGCGUAACCUCCGUGGAUCCCCCGUGGGACCCCCCUGGAACCCCACACAGGGGCUCCACGCGGACACAACUUACACCUGGAGGAGCUUCCAGCAGGGAGUUGUUCUUCCCAGAGGUUUGCACUUCCAAUAAAGACUGGAAAGAACA